AUACAUUGGUGCUUUUCGUCGUAAUGUCUGACAUCGAAGAUGCAAUAGCCAUCCCCGUCACACCUGUAACGAAGGUCGAGGGCUUGGACAUCGGAGAACCAGUAUCUGUGCGCAACUCGCCGCCGGCUUACUUGUCUGGGUCGAAAUUGCUCUUGGUGUUCGGUGCGCUGAUGCUCUCUGGCCUUCUUGUCAACCUAGAUCAGACUAUUGUUGCUACCGCUUUGCCCCGCAUUGUGUCAAUAUUCGAUGCAUUAAACUUGGCAACCUGGGUAGCUGCGGCAUACUUCCUAACACAAGCCGGCCUGAUGCUAGGCGUAGGGCAGCUCAUUACCACUAUUCCGAUCAAAGGAGUUUAUCUGUCAGCCAUCACCCUGUUCGAAGUCGGGUCUGUAAUUUGCGGUGCCGCACCCUCCAUGGAGGUAUUGAUCUUUGGGCGAGCAAUUGCUGGCUGUGGAGCUGCGGGAAUGACUAUCUGUUCAGUUGCGACUCUUGCUACAUUUGCCCGCUUAGAACAUCGUCCCCUUCUCUUUGCAGGUUUUGGAGCACUGGUAGCCUUUGCAAGUAUUAUUGGACCAAUUCUCGGAGGAGCAUUUACAGAUCAUGUCUCAUGGAGAUGGUGCUUUUAUAUCAAUUUACCAAUUGGUGCUCUGAGUUUUGUUGCCAUGGCUAUUUGGCUGCCUUCCUAUCAACCUGUCAAUGUUUCCAAAAGCAGAGGUUUACUUACAAGGCUUAGCCAUAUUCUGGACUGGGCUGGUCUUGUUAUGUGUUUGGGUUUCUCAAUAUGUAUCUUGCUUGCUCUAACAUGGGGAGGAUCAACAAAACCUUGGUCAAGUGGUGCUGUUAUAGGUCCUCUGUGUAUUGCUGGUGUGCUAUUUGCUAUUUUCAUUAUAUGGGAAGGAAGACAAGGAGAGGUUGCUCUUGUACCUCACUUUCUCUUUCUUCGAAAAAGCUAUACUGGUGCAUGCCUUGAAGGAAUGUGUCUCUUGACAUCUUUGAUAGUUGCUGUGUACUAUCUGCCACUUUGGUAUCAAAUCAAUGGUAGAAGUAGCAUUCAAUCAGGAAUUGAUAUCUUACCUAUUUUGCUAUCUUUUGUUAUUGCUGCUGCUAUUUCUGCUGGCAUAACAAAGAUUACUGGUCAUUACAAGCAUCUACUUGUACUCUGUCCCUUGCUAUCUGUUGCAGGAAGUGCACUACUAUUCAAAGUUUCUGCUAGCACUUCAUCUGCACAGUUAUUAGGUUAUCAGAUUCUGGUAGGAGUAUGUGCUUUUCAGACAACAUAUAUUGCCAUUCAGGCUGAAUGGGCUGAUACACCUGAUGAAACUACUCGUGCUUCAUCAAUUAUGACUUUCUUGAGCAAUUUUGGACCUUUAGUUUGCCUAAGCAUUGCUGGAGCAAUCUUCAAUAAUUGCUUGAGUACCAAUAUUGGCAGAAUAUCUAAUCUAUCACCAGAUCUGAUAAAAGAGUUAACUCAAACUAUCACAAUUAUCAGUUCACUGCCUGAGCCACUUCAAUCUGAAGUGAGAAAGGCAUCAGUGGAUAGUUUGAACCCUGUUUUUUUAAUUGUCUUAACCACUUCAGCCUUGGGAACCUUGUUAGCUUUACUUGUCAAGGAUCAUGAUCUUCAUGAGCGUGCAGCUGUAAUGGAUACUUCCAGAGAUUUGAACCAGGAUGUAUAGAUCAUAUGAUACAAACCAUGAAUCUAUAUUUUUGCUUAGAAUGUUAGAAUAAGCUUCUUUGCUGAGAAAAGCUAUUCACUGAAUAAAAUGAAUCCAGCUAUUGAAA